GUAGUAAAAUCAUUUCUACGCGGGCAUUAGAUGUUCUUAGGAAACUUUGUAUGACGCUGAUUUGUGCUUUAAUAGGCAUUACGUUAAGGAAAAAUCGUUUAAUUUAUUAUCAGUUUGCAAACAUAAGAAAUAACAUUAUUUUAUUUGCAUUUAAGACUAUUAUCAGUGCUUUAAGUAGUUUGUCAAUCUGAUGGUGUUACUUUAAUUAAGAAAUAAAUUAUACACUUACAUUCUGUCUGACAAUGAAUAUUUUGAGAUUUUUGCAACAUUUUACAAUAGUCCUUAUUGUCAUAUUCCUGGCCGUUGACGGGAAACGAAAAUCCAAAGGAUCUAAAAGUAGGGGUGGGCAAAAAUACAGCGGCAAAUGUAAGCCAAAGAUAAUGGCCGAGUAUGAAUUAGCUUUUCACGGAAGUUGGUCUGAAGAUUUGUACCCAAGGAUGUUUCCCAAAUAUAGACCACCUGCGCAAUGGUCAAAAUUAAUCGGUCGGACUCAUUCUGAUCAUUAUACAAUGUGGAGUGAAGGAUCACUUGCGUCAGAAGCUGUACAGAAGUUUGCUGAAGAAGGUGACACGAGUGGGUUUGAUUUUGAAGCACAAGCAUAUGGAGGAGUCAGGGACAUGUUUACAGCGGCACCAAUAAGAGCUGGUUUAGGCAAGACUGCAACCAAUUUCAUUACGGAUGGUAGCCACACAAAGGUGUCAUUUAUGGUCAAGCUUAUUCCAAGUCCUGACUGGUUUGUUGGCGUUGCAUCGUUUGACCUUUGCGAGCGCAAUCGAUGGAAAAGCCAUCUUAAAGUUGAUCUAUAUCCUAUGGACGCUGGUACAGAUCGUGGACUAACUUUUACCUCCCCGAAUUGGCCAUCUAAUCCGAAACAACCAAUCUAUAUGCUGUCUCCUUCCUUACCUGCUCAUACAGCCAGCGCAUUCCUUUACCGUAACAUGACAUCACUUCCGGCAAUAGCUAAAGUUUAUCUAACGAAAGUGUCAGAAUACAGACGAAAAGGAAAAACGCCACCAGCGAUUAAACAAGAGAGGAACAUGGUAAUAUUUGACAGUCUAGACAGUAGUAAAGUCAUUCCAGAGCUAGAGAAAAUCAUUGACCGGACAAUUACUCAAAACAAGGAGCAAAGACGUAAUGAAAUUGCAGCACCAGAAGCCGACACAAAAACAGGAACAGAUUCAGGCUGCAUUGUAUCACAGUGGACAGAUUGGUCAUCCUGUACAGUGACAUGUGGCUUUGGUCGACAAGAAAGGCGACGAACUAUCAUCCGUAGAGCUUUAUUACCAGGCCAAUAUUGCCCGGUUUUGAGAGAGGACAGGAUUUGCGAGUUAGCGAAAUGCCGAUGGGAAGCUUUUAAGUUUUUAAAACAUAACGGCUGAUUUGAGAAAUGACCGAUUAUUUAAUUACAGCUAAAUCACAUUCCAGUAUAAUAUAUUCAUCAUUGAUAUCAUUUUUUUUUGUCCUUUUGUUGUUAUUUAUUAAUACAUCUUAAUAUGUUUUAUAUUGUGUUAAAUUAAUGCUGAACUAAAUAGUGCUUUAUUCGAAUUGCGAAUAGAAAACUCUUUGCUUAUUCCUUAUACCAAAUUUUAAAAUCAUACCAAAGAUAUUUUAUCUGACUAAUCAGAAAUUUCUUUUAUUGAUGAAAAAUAAACUAUGAAUUUAAAAACCAUUUUGGUUGUUGAUAAAUAUUACGAUAUGAGUGGUUCACAAGUACUUUUUCAAAUUUUGUUGCAAUACAGUUUUUUUUUACAGAUAAUUCAAUAUUUUGAAUGUUGUGCAAGUGCUUAUCAUUUUUUUUUAAUUUAUAAUUUUACGGGUCUUCUUUGUAAAUAUUGUAUUUAACAAAUUUUGUUGUAUAAUUAAUAAGAAUUAAAUCGAUUUUUUGCUUAUUUAAGAAGGGCAAUCUAAGUUUCGUUUAAGAAACAAAAUGUUAGUUGUGAGAGAAAAUACCAGUGAUAUCGAGGAUGCUUCAUUAAAACUUCCAUCUUAGGCGAGCUUAAGUAAAAAGAGAUCAAACAGAUAAACAUGUUUUAGCAUUAUCUAUUUUUCAACAUUGUUAAAAAAGACAUUUACACAUAGAUACUAAAAUCAGAAGAAAAAAUAAUUUGUGUAUAAUGAAGAACAAUUCUUUUGAACUACAGCAUACACUAGCUUCUAAUCUACGUUAACACUUUUUAUUUUUGAGUUUGUUGUUGUGUUUCAUAUGCUGUUAUAAUAAAGCAAUAAACAUUAUAGAUAAAAGA